CAGCAGCACCGUCGGUGUGUCCAGCAGCUUCCAGCAACAACGAUUGAUUAAAAAAAGCAUCAGGAAAUCCCCACCGAGCCGCGCACUGUGUUAUCCUCAUCCACAGAAUAUCUCCAUUCCUCCGCCCCCAUCUUCCUCUCCUGCCACCGCACGGAUGUAGCCUCCUCCGAUCUCGCCCAUGGCCAGAUCCGCGAGUGCCCCACCGCCGGCGACCAGAACCAGCAGGACUAUCGCGUCCCUCCUCUUUGUUUCCUUCCCGUCCUUCUCCUUUCCUCUGUCGCUCUCACACAGUAUCUUCUCUCUUUCAGGUACUUCUACAGCAGGCCCGCCAUGGAGCUCAAGCCGCCGGCCGUCCAACCAAGGCCUCCCUAGGAACGGAUCCGCGACCCUGCCUCCUCAUCGCACAUGCCCGGCCGCGCCACCGGAGCUCCCCCGCAGUGCAGAGGCAAUGCUCCCUGUCACCCGCUGAUGUUCUUCGCGUCGCCCCGCGCUCGCUAGGAACCGGCUCCCCCGCUGCCAAGUGCUCGGCAUCGCCGUCCCGCGCUGCCUGCAGCCGCGCCAAGCCCGAGCUCGUCAAGAGCUUCAUCAACUCCGUCGCCGCGCCAUCUUCUUCUGGCGCUCGAUCACGAGCUCUCUCGCCCGCGCCCCGCCUCCUCUCUCUGUCGCUCCGUCCGCGGGCCGGUGGGGGGCGGACCUGAGGCGACAUGGCCCUCCCAAGAGAGAAGCAGGCCCGGCGCUUUGCAGGCCGUCCAUGGCGAUGGAGACGCCCGGGCAGGAAGGGCUCGAUCCGGAUGAACCAGCUCGCACCGAGCCCGGCCGCCUCAACAGGAGCUCGUCUCUCUGCCUGCCAGCGGCUCACCGGAGCCGCCACUGCCGGCGACUGCCUCCCUCACCUUGUGCCCCUCCUCCUUCGCCUUUCUUCCUCUCUUCCCCGAGGAGCGGGGAGCCGGCGAAUCCAUCGGUCAGGAGCUGGGCGGCGCCCUCCAUCAUCGCCGUUGUUUGGGGAGGGACGCGGUCCUGGUCGAUGCGGUGUGGGGCGGGCGACGCGGGGCAGGAGGUGGCGGCGGGAUGGAGGUACAUGUGACGGGGCACCGGCAAACAGAGGCGGGCGGCGGAGGUGCUGCAGGAGCGGCGCUCGAGCGCGAGCUAAGGAGGAGGAGCAGAGGAAGGGGAGGCUGGAUGUGGUCCUCGCCGACGAUGGAGGGACGCAUGCGCGAGCGGAGGAUGAGAGGAAACGGGACAGCGGCCUGCUGGUGGCUGCCGGCGACAGCGGGUGGCGAGGGGUCGUCGGAGCGGCGUCGUGGACGUCGGCGCCAAGCAGCGGCGAGUGGCCGUCGGUGGAGUCUGGGAAUGGAUAAGGAAUAUAAGGACUGAUUGUGGACUGCGGGCUGAAUUCCAACUAAUGCAAGGGCUUCUUUGCAAAAAUGAAACGUUUCCUCAGAAACUCACUUAAUAAAGGACCGCGGGUUGAAUUCAACAAACAA